UAUAUGGAGUUUUCAGGUUAAAAAGAUCAAGUGGCAUGAGUAGCCUUUUGGGGAAAAUUGGAGCCAAAAAGCAGAAAAUGAGCACCCUUGAGAAAUCCAAAUUGGACUGGGAGAGCUUCAAGGAGGAAGAAGGGAUUGGUGAAGAACUGGCCAUCCAUAAUCGAGGGAAAGAGGGGUACAUUGAACGGAAAGCUUUUCUAGACCGAGUGGACCACAGGCAGUUUGAAAUUGAGCGGGAUCUCAGGCUAAGCAAAAUGAAACCUUGAUGUUCUGAGGAUGCUCAGUAGCAGCUCAAUCCUGUUGACAAUGUGAACUUUUUGUGUGUGUGUGAAACAUUUCCAGUGUUCCUCAUCCUGUUUGCCAGCAAGGCCUUUUUUUCUACAUUGAAGUUCCAUCUCUGUAUCUUGAUCUCAUGUGAUUUCAUUCAUUUUACUUUCAAAAGUUCGUCCUUAAAUAAAAGUCAGACCUCUACGAGGCUGGUGAAGAUAAAGAUGUCACUCAUCUUUCCUUUACUCUGCUGCAAAGUCUGACCCAGGUCCACCCAGCACAUCUCAGACCUGUCCCAGGUGGCAGAGGUCCAGUCAGCCAUGGAGGAGAGAGCUGACCAUCCUGCAUGUGAGUUUUCUGGGCCGUAGGUGUUCUCUGGCAUCAGCUCUGUCCCUGAGACCUAGGGAAGGAGGCUUACUGGGGUAAGUGAGCACCAGCCCCUGGGCAUUUGCUCUCAAGUCACCCCAGCUUCUCUCCUGCUCUCUUUCUCCUGUAUGAGAUCCUACUAAUAUGUAAGGCUAGAGCUUGCGGUAUAUUGUUGUCAAAGACGGUGUUUUUCUUCCAACCUUUUUUUUCUGUUCACAAAGAAAAUUGUGCUUACGAUGUGUUCUCACCUGAGUAAUUCUUUUGUCAAAGAUAUUCUGGGCUUCGUGGUGCUUACCACAGGCUGUGUUCUUACAGUGACUAUAUACAUAAAGAGGAGGAAAAGUAAAAGUCAACUCAACUCAGGCCCCGUGCCUGGUCUGUAUUGUGAAUGGGAAGACAUGGGGUAGGAGAAAGGAAAAAAAAGAAUAUUCUGUUCCUAGGGCUAGGAGGGUGGCUCAGGGGUAGAGUGCUUGCCUGGCAUGUACAAGGCUCUCGGUUCAACCCCC